GAUAUCCAAAAGUAAGGGGAGCAAAACUAGUAGUAAGUAUGUGGCAUUUAACAGACAAAUAUCUACUCUGUAUUGAACAGAGGCCACUCUGGGCUGUCCUUGUCUUCUGAAGACCACCCAGAGGACAGGAAUCUACAGGGGAGAACGAAAAGCAGUCAAAAUCGAAGCAGCAGCCACCUGAGUUUAGAAGCACUAGGACAAAGACUACCUACUGUGAUAACUGUCAGCCAGCCUUCAAGAUGAUGCAGCAGAUUCUCCAAGAUAUGUACAUCGAGCCUGAUCUGCUGGAGGAGCUGAACGAGGAGCAGAAGCAGAUUCUGUUCUACAAGAUCCGUGAAGAGCAGGUGCGUCGCUGGAAUGAGAGGGAAAGCAGAGACCCCAGCCCUGCUGGCCACAAGAAGAGCGGCCGGCGAGGACUCCGUUGGCUCCUGGGCUCAGAUGGUGAGGUGUGGGUGUGGGUGAUGGGGGAGGCCCCCGGAGACAAGCCCUAUGAAGAGAUCGCAGAGGAGCUGAUGGAAGAGAGAGCCAGGAAGCAGGCCCAGAGAGAAGCACAGGAGCUCCGGCGUGUGAAGGAAGCAGAGAUUGAAAAGAAGUUUCGUGAUGCCAUGGCGAAGGAGAAGGCACGCUUUGUGGCAGAGAAAUGGAGGGAGGAGACAGAUGACAGAAAGGCAGCCAAGCAAGAGGAGGAAGAGGAGGAUCGCAUUCGAGAGGAGCUGAAGAAAUGUGAAGAAGAAGAGAGACAGAGAGGUGAGGAGGAAAUCCGGCAAACAGAGGAGAGAAGAGCAAAGGAGCUGUACAUCUCUCUGAAGCAGGAGGAAAAGAGGAGUGAAAGGGAUGACAAAGAAUGGCAGGAACAAUUGCGGCGCUCCAAAGCGGCUGAUGAGGAGAUGAAGUGCAAGGCUCGGCGUGCCAGAGAUGAGUACAAACGCCAGUCCCUCAGGGCCAUCGAGAAGGGCCUAGUGGCUGGUCUCAGCGGACUCUUCCAGAAGACACAUCUGAACGGCUCGGGUCAGAACCGGCGCCACAGUGGCGUCAUUGAGCAGUCUGCCACUCCAGCCGAGGCCAGCCACUCACCGGUUGCUGUCGGAAAUGUGGCAGCGCCAGUUCAUUACCGCCGCAGACAGAACCGCAGAUACAUCAGCCCUGUGACUCAGUCCAUAACAGAGGGUCCAGUGUGGAUUCGGCCACCCAGGCCAACCUCUCGCGACUCUAUCUUGCGCUGGUUUAAGGAAGAGCAGAGGCCCAGAAGGGCAGGCUAUGAGCGGAGCAGCAACUCAAUCGCUACCUGGUUCCACGGAAUAAUUUCACGGCAGGAAUCGGAGUCUCUGCUAAUGAACGCCUCAGAAGGUUGUUUCCUGGUAAGAGUGAGUGAGAGAAUUUGGGGGUACACCCUGUCCUACCGCACGGCCUCUGGCUUCAAACAUUUCCUCAUCGAUGCCUCGGGUGAUUACUACAGCUUCCUCGGGGUGGACCAGAACCGACACGCCACUUUAGCUGACCUCAUUGACUUCCACAAGGAGGAGGUGAUAACCACAUCUGGAGGAGAGCUGCUACAGGACUCAUGCAGGCUGAAGUGCUCCAGUCCAGAUUAUGGGGGGCUUUUUCAGUGAUGCCUCCCCCCACCCUCCUUAUCAUAUAAUAAGCUGACUUCAUCAUCUAGUUAAAUAAAUGAUUUGCCCAUAAAUCACAAUAUGCCCCUUACUCCAUAUGUAGCCCCAUCGGCAAAGACAUGUUUGGUGUUUCCUUUAUUAGUUUUAUAAUAUAGCUACUAUAGCUAAUAAGUAAUGGAAGGUAGCCAGUGGUUGGGCAUCGACCAAUAAUGAGCGUAAUCAUCAUGUACCUCAAACUGCAUGAAAUUGUUAAGUAACCUCAAACACACUUCAUGAUAUGCAAAGGUGUAAAAACUCUAUACAGUAUAAAAAUCAAAACCCUAUUACUGGAAGAUCAACAAUUCUAUCCCUGUUGGUGACGCAGGGGUAGUAUUGUAGCCAAGACUGAUAGAGACGAGUCUGAGUCAAAACUAAGACCUGGAUUUGAGUCAAGACCAAGACUUGUAGUCAAGUCGGAGUCAAAACCAGAGACAAAACCAAGAUUAGUACAUCACAUUGAGCUGUACAGUAUGGUAACCACUGAUUCAGCAUUUAAUUUGAUUGUUAGGUUUUUUUGGCUGCCUGAACAAGAAAAAAAUAAUUCCAUUCCUGGACUAAAAAUAUCCAGGAAGUUUUUUCAUAUGUCACUUUCUUUACAAAGUUUAAACUGCUUCUAUUUAUAGUUCGGUUAGUUUAUAGUUAGAUUAGUUCUGAUUAUGGACAAUGUACAGACACUUCUUUAGGAUAGGUGUACUGCUGGUGACAUGUUUAGGCAAUAGGAAGCAUUUCAAAGUGAUAACGGAGACGGUGAGGUUCUGCAGCAUAGCUGGCAUUUAUCUAUGUUAGACUGCAUGGUGAGCAUAGCUAACUGUCAAUUUAGUAAAUAAAAAAAAAUAAAAUAAAAUAAAAAAAAAUCAGUGUCUAGGAAUUCUACAGGACUAAGAUGGCAACACUACUGUCCAGUGACAUUGUGUUAGCAGCAGUCUGAAAAAAAGAUGUAGUGGUUGGCUUCAUGAGUCUCAAGGAAUCACGUGGUAGUAAACCUGGCAGCUCUGUGUAACAGGAGGUCUAGCUAGCAGGUCCCACUUUACGGGUCCCAAUGGACAUGACUAAAUUACACAGGAAAAUUGGGUAAACAACAAAAAAUGUGUUCUUAUGAGCAACAUACUUAAAACCAUAUUGUCGAUACAUCCUUCAGACUCCUCUGAGGGUCUUUUGUGGAAACCACUGAUACUGAAAAUGAUCAAAACUAGGCAUCCUAUUAGAUUACAGUGCAAGUGGAGGUGGGAGGGCCUUAUGCUAUGUACACACACUCAACUGACUGAGAUCUGUGGUCAUUUGUCAUUUCUAGGGGUUCUAAUGUUUAGGCUUGUAUAAACAUUUUAACAUGUAAAAUAUUAAAAACCGAGAACAGCAACAAAUGUGAAAAUAUGAGCAUUGCUACCUCCCUACUACUCCCUACUGUGGUUUCUAACAGUGAUAUUAGACAUAGAAAAAUAAAUAAUAAGAAAAAAAAAAAGAAAUAAAUCAUACAUAAAAUUGACACCAAACAUGUCUACGCUGACUGAUUAUAGUUGGGAUAAAAAGAAAAGUCUACAAUUUUAUAUUUUGGCCAAACUAUUAAUUUAAAGCUACACAACGUAAGUUUUGAGGAUUUGGAGGCCUCUCUGGUGGAAAUGUGUUACUGCAUGCACAAUGUAUAAGAAUGUUGGUUGUGUUUCACCUGAAUGGAUGACUUGGUUUUCAAAGAGAACUUUAUCAAAACUUGGUGUAGGUCAUAUCUUCACAGGAUGUGAGUGAAUCAUCAACUACUGUCAUUGUAUCUUAAUCAGUAUACUGUUGAUUUUGCAUUUGAGAACUAAACAUUGAGUCAGAGUCUGUGCAUGUCACAGUGCUAUAUAAAGACAUGUGACAGUUUGAAAAACUCCAGCCAAAUCCAACUCAAUGCAUCUGACUUUUAAACGAUCAUUUCAGGCUUUACAGGGUGACUCACAUUAACACGUGCACACCAUAAUUUUUUUUCUUCUGAUUUAAUCAUGCUAAUUGUUUAAAUUUUACAAGAACAAAGAAAAAAACAUACAUAGUACAGUUUUAAGCACUGCUUCACUCAGCUCACUUUUCCCACUCACAGCCUUGUGGUCCACCAUCACACUUCAUGCUCUUCAAAUGUAUGCCUCAACCAAAUAAAAUAAACCAUUUUUUUAA